CUUCUUGCUUCCUUUCUGGUUUUUCAGUCCACCUUUCACGGUAAGAUUUCAGCUUCUCUUGGUAUCCUAGAAAGCUAAUAUAGAAGUACAGACCUAUAUUUUUCCUCUUUAGUUUAAGAAUUCUUAGAAGAACCGUUUCUGUAUUCAAGCUACAGGUAAAGCGAGCGUGAUCGGGCCAACCUGUAUGCCUUGCUUUUAUUAAUAAAUUAUUGCUCCUAUUCCAUGCACAUCGCCAGAAAGCGGUUUCCUUCUAUGCAUAUUGAUAUUCUCUAAAGUGCGCUCGUCACAACGGAGUAAAUACGAAAAGAGAAAACUAGAAGGAAGGUAAAGCAGCUGCGCGAUGUGCGUUGAAUUUUGUAAUUGUUUCUUGCACCACGGCCCAACCUAGAGAAACAAGAACACGCGCGCUUUGACAGGCGCGUUGUGUUUAUACUGUCGCCUCGGCAACGUGACCGGAAAUCCGCACCGCCGCCUAGCGUGGUUGGUUUGUCCGGAAACGGUAAAGAAUGAAAGCAAUCAAUAUGGCGGCGCCCAGCACCUUGCUUUCUUGAACCGUAUGGCGUGCCCCCCGACUCUACCGGAGUAGCUUUUUUUCUUGCGCCUCGACGAUGGAACCCAAGUGUUCCUGCAAGGGCGUGAGAACGUGUCUCGCUUGCGAGCAAGUCAAAGAACCCAGCAAACACGCCAUAUCCAAACGAAAGGUGCGACAUCCGUUCACCUUUUGCACCGACUGCAGACUGUGUUGGCCGGGAUGGAUAGACAACAGUGAAUCGACGGAAAGUACUCAGAACAGCCACGACGGAUACUCCCCUCCGCUCAAGGUGCCGGGCAUCGAGGUCUACGAAGAGUUCCUGACGCGCGACGAAGAGGCGAUCCUCGUCGACGGCAUCGACGCCCACGAAUGGGUCGGAUCUCAGUCGGGUCGCCUCAAGCAAGACUUCGGGCCCCGCGUCAACUUCAAGAAGAAACGCGUCAGGGCCGGCGAGUUCGGGGGCCUACCGGCCUACUACACGAGCGUCGAGCAGAAGAUGAGCCGCUGCCCCGUCGUGUCCGACUUCGAGGCGGUCGAGCUGUGCAACCUCGACUACAGCCCCAAACGCGGCUCGUGCAUCGACCCGCACUACGACGACUGGUGGCUCUGGGGUCACCGGCUCGUCACCUUUAACCUCUUGUCCGACACGGUGCUGACCCUGUCGCGCCCCGAGCAGCACUGGAUGCUCACCGACGAAGACCUGAUCGACGAGCCGUCGGCGCCUGCCGCCGACUAUUGCCCGCAGCCGUCGGUGACCGUCGCGCACGACAGGGGCGUCUGCAAGUCGUGGAGCGAAGACUUCAAGGACUCCGUGUCGGUGCGGACUCCGCCCCGCCUGUGUGCCGUGCAGGUCGCGCUGCCGCGCCGGUCGAUGCUGGUGUUGUACGGCGACGCGCGGUACAAGUGGCACCACUCGAUCCUCAGGGACGACGUGACGAGUCGUCGGGUCGCCAUGACGGUGCGAGAGCUGUCGGAGGAAUUUCUCGAAGGCGGCGCCUCGUGCGAUUUCGGCGCCGAGCUGCUCGAAAUCGCGAAGUUGCGCGUGUGAAGGUGUGCGCUUUUUUUUUUUUUUCCACGCAGCGUGACGUUUGUUGGCGUUGGUUCGUUGCUUGCCGUGCUUGCAAGGUUUUGAGUGAGGCGGCGUCUCUGUAUAACUUGGGCUGCUCGUUUUAGUAUUAGCGGGGCCAAGGCGUGACCCUACGUUUCAUAGAUCGGGUAAAUGCAUCUAGUCCGUGCCAUUGUUAAAAGCCUUUUAACCUGAAGUAUUCUGUUGCUUAUAACUUUUUUUCUUGGAUUGCCUGCUUCGCUCAGACGAGCUCGAGAGAGCAAAGACAAGAACGGCAGGGAGGUCAACAAGACAAGCACCCGGUUUGCUACCGUACACUGUGGGGUGGGGGAAGGGGAAUAAAAAGAGGAAAAAAAGGGAGAGAGUGAGCACUGAGUGCGUGUGGGAGGAUGCACAGGAACACUAUGAACGGUCUCUUAUGUCAGUGCAAUUCAAGUAUUGUCCUAGUGCACAAAUCACUUUCGGUGCCAGUGACGGGUGUGGGCAUGGUCCGAGUAUCGUUGGCAGUCAGCAGGGCGUCGAUCAUAGCAAUGGCCUUGGUGAUGGCCCUCCAGACAAAUUCACGCUUGGUGCGAAGUUGCUCCAUUGGCGGAACUUGAGGGCCAGAUGCCAGGGCCGGUUUCGGCGCCACUUGAAAUGUAGCAAACGACGACGGGGAUUAGACUCGGACGUCUGACUCAUUCGUCAACUGGCAGCAACUGAGCGAUAGGAUAGGAUAGUAUAGGAUGUCCUUCUAGGAUGGCACAUACCCACUGUGGGGGAUUGGCUAAGAUUUGGAUAGUAGUACAAAGAUUCGGUUAAUACAGAAAUUCAUGAAACGUCAAGAGGAAAUAGUUAAAAAUAGCAGCUGAAGAAUUUAAGAAAAUCACCUUGGCACAGCUAUAAAUUCCUCCGCAGCUGAGCAAACAUCCCUGUGGUAGUUUCCAAGAGAGGAGGCUCCUAGAGAAAGAAUAUUUAGAAUUGAAAAAUUUAAACCAAGUUGCCUGGAUGAAAAUUACGUAUGGUCUCAUCUGCACAGACUGGGCAAGAGGGGAGGGUGCCAAACCAGCCUUGUGAGGAUAAAUCUUUAAUUCUGGUGUUCAAUAGUGUAACGGGGUGAAAAUUACUUCACUUUUUCUGGUGUGAAAAUAAUUUUUGUGCCAGAGGAAUAGAAGGUGUCUAUAUUCUGAAAAUUUUGCUAUAGCUGGGUUCAAAAACUGAGCGGGCAGUGCCUGCGGUCACCACUCGUGCUCGACGCACCUUUAUUUGCCACAAGCCAGAUCUCAGUGUUUGGGUCUGUUUCUUUACAGCCUGGAUUAGACUGUUCAAGUGAACGCCAUAAGCUGCGAAACAGUUAUGGUGGAGAAAUGUGACAGGUUCCUACUUGUUGCUGGGGCUAAUUGAUUCCUGCUUUUCAUGGUGUAAUGGGAUGCGAGUCAACAUACAGUGAGAACAGAAAACAGAGUCACUUGGCUCUGUUGUGGGACUGUUGAGUGGUGCUCUUUCCUGUCCUGGUCAUACAUGAUUUUGUUUCACAUCCUAUUACAUUACUACAUCAUAACCAGCUAUGAGAUAAUUUUUGGCCAUUGUGGUUGUGUAGUGACAUUGUUUCAGUGACAAACACCUAUUAGCAGAUAUGUGUAGUAGGAGCAUACAUAGUAACAUUACUGCGUAAUUUCUAAAUUGCAAGUAUUGAAAUUACUUUCACAAACUGAGUUUCUUCAAAACAUGCAGCUUAGUAGCAUGUAUAAGAGCACACAUUGACGACAUCAUAUGCAAUUGGAGCACAACAAAUGCUUCUGCAGUGCCUUGACUAUAUUGAACUAGUAGAGAUUAGAAUCUUAUUUAUUAUAUAUGAACAUGGCCGUGCAUACUAAAAUUUAGUGUUGCAUAGUAGAAAUGACCCUUGGUACCAUAAAAGCCCCGUAUAUUAGCAGAAAUGUGUGCAAAUGAGGCCAAGGAGCAUGAAGUCAUUCGGGGUUGGAAACCAUAUCAAGCCUUAAGGAUUUGCAACAUUUGUUCUCCUAGAGCUGAAACAGUUAUGUAUCAAGCCUAUCAAGUUAACAGUCUUGUAUAGGUGUGCUAUCUGAAAGCUUUGCAUUCAAUUCAUUUGAUGACAAAAGCGAGCUUGUGCAAGCUCGCUUUGCACUAAACACUCUCUUUAAAAAAUUAGCGGCAACUAUACAAACACGAAUGAAGCAGAAAAUAAUGCACAACUUGCACGGUUUGCGUUCAGAACUGAAAGUCAUAAGACUCACAAAAAGAAAGCUUUGCCAUGUUCUUUCACAGAGGCAGGGUCAUCAUCAGCUGCAGUGAUCAUGUGAUUAUCCCGAACGUGCUCAAACAUUUGGAGAUUUAACACCUUACAAACAUGUUAUGUGCUUAGGUACCAAAGUAUAGGUUGGUUUGUUAGCCGAGCGUGUUUGAUUUCUGUUGGUGCAUAGUUUGUUGCGGUAAGCGUGGAGUAACCUGAAGGGUAAUCUGGAGGCUAAUCUGUAAUGCAACAUUUAUUUACUUUUUCUUCCACCUUGUAUUGCCACAUUCCAGCGGCUUAAGUCAGAGAACGUUGUAUAGACUUCUCACAUAAUGCCUACAACCCUGUGCGCACACUGGUUUCCUGUCACCAUUGUGAAGGGCAGAUGUGUGGGCGAGCACAGAAUGCAAAUAGAAAGUUUGUGAGCCAUGUGGGCUCUGCUACAGACCAUGUGAACCGUAUUUCACACUAAUGGUAACAUUUAAGUACAGUUUAACGGAAUAUGUACAGUUCAAACAUGGCUAAUUAUCCAUUUUUCACUCUCGUGAGCUAUAGUGCUGUCUGAGCUGCGCGUUACUCACCUGAAGCCGUGUGGGCAACAGCAGUUCCAUUUCUUGAUCCAAGGAUAAUAUAUGCUGGGCAGCGGUGACUCUGACAUGCUGGCCUGAUCAUGUGGCUGAAUACUCUGUAGCGCCUGCGAGACCAUUUUGUAUGCGCUAGAUGAUGGCACUAGAUUGCUACACCAGUACGUAAGAUAUUGCAGCAUGCCACGAUUCUUUUUUUUUCUGUAAUUUGGUUUGAUGGAAUCAGGAACGACGUAAGACUGCACAAAAGUUGCAGCUAAAGCUUCUUUUCAUCUGUUGUCGCAUAGCAAUAGUCAACAAUGCUUUUGCGGUGCAAGCACAGGAAGGGGCCAAGAAAUAUUCUAUCGAGAUAUAUCAUGUUGCAAAUAACCAAGCUUGCAUUCAACGGAGCGUCUUAUGCAGCAAACGUGUAGUAUGCUGUAGCAAACUCAAUGGGACCUGUGGCAGCACCUGCGCAGCCCAAACUUCCUAUGUGAGUCCUGCACUCACCCGCACAUCUGCCCUUCACGAUGGUGGUAGGAACGCAAUGUGAUCACAGCGCUGACAGUUAUGCAAGAGGUCUGUACUAUAUUGUCAUUUUUUUGCGAGAGCAUCUGAAAUUUCCCAGAAAUGUUUGGCUUUUCUUAUUGGUCAUGUAUUGUUAUGACUUGUUGGUAUAGUGAUGUUUUGUCAUUUUGACAACAAAGUUUGUUUACUGUGAUGAACUGGUAGUAAAGACGUAGUUAUGGUAGUCUUGUGGUCCUGAGCAGACAGCAAGAAGCUUGGUCUUCCUUCUUGGCAAAAACAUGUUAACUCUUUUGCCGCCCAUGUUGUUUAAAUAAAGAAUAGAGAGAAACUCCCAGAA